AUGGGCCAAGCAACAUCGUUCGUCUACGUUUAUGAAGGGAGGCAGAUAUUUGCCGAGUCGAGACCCGUAUCGCACGCUGCGGCUGUCAGAGCAGUCAGAGAUAUCUUUGGUGUAGCCUGGAGCACCGAUAUCUGCUUUUACACAGACGAGUUGCCGGGAUGUAAUGGAAAUAUGACCGAAAUCCCCAUCGCGUCUUGGGACCGUAUAGUGCCGCAGCUCACAAGGGUCACGGCUAUGUCUUCACCUCCAAAGGACUCCGAGAAGAGAGUUCCCUCUCUGAGGGUUUCCCGUCGUAUAUUGGAUGACCUGGAACUUGCUCGUGAAGAGUUCAACGAAGCCGCAAGAGCUGAGCCUGCAGCCAAUCCAUCGUCGCCGUCUUAUUCUGGAAGGGUUGAAAGAGACGUGAAAGGCCACGAUGCUCGAGAAGAUAAGGAUGGAGUCCGUUCGAAAAAAGUAGAAGUCACCAAUCGGGCAGAUAGUCCUUCCGACUCUUCGCCCUGGGUAAGGUUCAGAGACCCCAAUGGAAAAAUACGCUGGGUGCCAGUGGCAAGCGCAGUGCCUGCUGACGGGCGCGACCCGUAA